AUGGUAAUAGCAACGGGCAAUAUCAAUGUAACAGUCAAUACUACCGAGGGCACUAUCAACAAUUCUAUGUACCGUAACAGUUUCAAUAAUAUUGCAGCGGAAUGUACCACUAAAGUUAAUUUUUAUACUACGGGAACAGCGAUAAUACUAGAAGAGGAUAAUUAUUUGCAACGGAGAAUGUUCCCAGCAACAGAAUGUACCGAUCUGUCCGCGAUCCUUGAACAGUUGCGUAACAAGAUAACUGUACAGAACAAUAAGAAGUCAGUACAAGACAAAUUAUACAAAAAUGACUUAGCUUCCGUUUGUAUCGAAGAGACGCCAUUUUCCUCGAAGAAUAAUAUCCCUGCCAGGGACCGCGAGGUCAGUUAUCCUUAUCCUUUCACAGAUUAUAUUCAGCCACAUUUCUGUUUCGAUUAUCCAUCCACGAACAUUUAUAACAAACCACGCCAUCGACUCGUCAGGAAUUUAAAGUCGAUAACCAAUUAUUACGAAAUCAAUUUGAGACACAAUCGCAGAAAAUCGAAGAGAGCAAGAAGAACGUCGAACUUAUUCUUUCGUGGUAAGAAGAGAAGAUCGAGCGGAAAUAUUUUAGCGAAUAGGAAUCCUACGAUGCAACGUUAUUGGAACGGUACCGUUUUAUUGCCGAGGUUGUUAAAAGUGUCGUGUUUGUUAGACAAUGUAAGUAGUACUAUCCAAUACUCGUCGAAUUCCACAAAUAAAACUUUAGGUGUUCGUCAAAUUUUACGAUUGAAACCGAUUACUAAACGAGGCACUACUGCUAUUAAGAAGAAAAGAAAAAGAACGGACAUAGAAGCGACUAGUGAAACGUAUACUCCUGGAAUAGAGAAAACUGCAUAUGUAGGCGCACUUGACAUGCUCUUUACAACUGGCACGCCAGAUAUCGAAUCUCAGCUACAAACUUAUGAUACCGAUUACCAACAUGAAAUAGAUACUCUACAGACAACACUGAGUUGGUUGGACCAAGUAGCUAGUAUAUCUCAGCCUUCGAGCACGUCAGAGCCUGAAGAAUACACGGAAAUGAUCGAAACUACAGACGAACUUCAUGAAAAACAAUACGAAGAUGAUUAUGAAGAAGAAUACGAUGAGUAUGAGCAAAAAGCAACUCGAUCGUCACCUGCAUGGUACGAAUACAAGGAUGAGACCUUCACUACCGAAUCAAGAAUUGAAACAACCGUGCCUCUAUUGGCAACAAUACCACCAGAGACGACAGUACCAACGACUACCACAAUUUCGACUCCAUCAACAACAGAAUCUACCAUGAAAGAAAUAAUAACAACUACUGUAGCCACACCUGCUGUAAUUACUGUGACAACAGAAGCAACUAGUGGAGACACUACGUUAGAACAACAUACAACUAAGCUUGCAGAAACAAUUGUAGUACAGCCCAUUACUGACGAGGUGAUUACGACUACCGUAACGAUACCAAUGACGUCGAUAAUCACAACAAAAACAUCGAUCUCGGUAACGACUUUGGAGCCCAUAGUCACGAGCACAAUAGCAGCUACGACCACAACAGAAACUACUACCACAGAAACAACUACUCCGCAGACCAUCGUUGAAGAAACAACUACGACCCAAACUAGUAUCCCUGCAACAAUUACAGCUAUGACUACAACAGAAGAAAUAACUACGUGGGGAGUUAGCACGCAAGAAACAGUUCCAACUAUAACAGAAACGUCUGCCGUAACAACAGCGACAGUCGUUGAAGCUAUUUUGGAAAGCACUACAACUACAGCUGCACCAACUAUCACUGAAGAACUGACUACAAGUGGUACAACAACAUUAACCUCAAUGUCAACAACAACGGAAACUGAACCUGCAACUAUGGUAACAACAACUGAAUAUACAUCUGCUACUUCUACCAUAGAGACCACCACGGAAGAAUCCACUACUGUAGAAGCUACCACUGAAGAAGCAAGUACGAUUGAGACAACCACUGAAGUAACUACAGUGGUAACAACAACUGAACCUGCAACUACUAGUACAGUGGCAAUGACAACUACAGUAGAGACCACCACGGAAGAAUCCACUACUGUAGAAACUUCUACUGAAGCAGCAAGUAUGACUGAGACAACCACUGAACUAACUACAAUGGCAACAACAACUAAACCUGCAACUAGUAUCACAGUGGCAAUGACAACUACAGUAGAGACCACCACGGAAGAAUCCACUACUGUAGAAGCUACCACUGAAGAAGCAAUGCCAGCUACUUCUACCACAAUGACCACCACGGAAGAAUCAACUACUUUAGAGACUACCACUGAAGAAGCAAUUACGACUGAGGCAACCACUGAACUAACUACUACGGUAAGAACAAGCACAGAAAAAUCAACUACAAUAGAGACCACCACGGAAGAAUCUACCACUGAAGAAACAAGUACGACUGAGGCAAUCACUAAACCAACGAUUGUGCUAACAACAACCACAAAAGAACUAACUACAGUAGAAACUACCGUUCUAGAAACGACCAUGCCAGUAUUCACAACAACAGAGACAACUAUCGCUGAAACUACGACCGAAGCAACGAUCGUAGUAACAACAACUGAACCUUCAACUUCAACCACUAUGGCAGCUACAAGUACAAUAGAGACUACUACUGAGGAAUUAACUACUAUUGAAGAAACUGCCAUUGAAGAAAUAAUUACGACUGAGACAACCACCGAGUCAACGACACUGGUAACAACAACUGAGCCUCCAACUACUGCCACUGUACCACCUACAACUACAAUAGGGACCACCACGGAAGAAUCAACUACUGAGGAAACUACCACUGAAGAAACAACCAUGUCAGAAUCCACCACUACAGAGACGACUACGACUGAGGCUACCGCCGAAUCAAUGAUCGUUGUAACAACUGAAUCUGUAGCUGUUAGCACUGUAACACCUACAACUACAAUAGGGACCAGCACGGAAGAAUCCACUACUAUAGAAGCUACCACUGAAGAAGCAAGUACGACUGAGACAACCACUGAAGUAACUACAGUGGUAACAACAACUGAACCUGCAACUAGUAGCACAGUGGCAAUGACAACUACAGUAGAGACCACCACGGAAGAAUCCACUACUGAGGAAACUACCACUGAAGAAGCAAUUACAACUGAGACAACCACUAAACCAACGUCCGUGGAAACAACAACCACAGAAGAAUCAACUACAGCAGAAAUUUCCACUGAAGAAACAACCAUGGCAGAGUCUACUACUACAGAGGCAAUUACGACUGAAGCUACCACCGAAUCAACGAUCGUUAUAACAACUGAAUCUGUAGCUAUUAGCACCGUAGCACCUACAACUACAAUAGGGACCACCACGGAAGAAACAACUACUGAGGAAACUACCACUGAAGAAACAACCAUGUCAGAAUCUACCACUACAGAGGGAAUUACGACUGAAGCCGCCACCGAAUCAACUACCGUGAUAACAAUAACUCAGCCUGUAACUACUAGCACUGUAGCAAUCACAUCUACAAUAGAGACUACCACUGAAGAAACAACCAUAUCAAUGUCCUCCACGAUAGUAGCAACUACGACUGAAACAACCACUGAACCAACUACCGUGAUGACAACUAAACCUACAACCACUAGCACUAUAGCAAUUACAACUAUAACAGAGAUUACCACUGAGGAAACAACACCUGAGAUUACCACUGAAAAAGUAACUGUAGCAAUACCAGCAGUGCCUGUGACAACAGUAAUGACGAUGGCAACAACAGAAUCCACAACAGAGUUUACUAUCAUAACAACGGAAGCCGAAUACAUCGUUGAGACCGAGACUGUGCAUGAUACUGAAUAUGAGAAGGAAUACAAAGAAGCGUACGACGAAGAGGAGGAAUACGAGGGAGAAGCUACCGAGGCAUUUCCAAAGUGGUCGGACUACGUAGCUGAAGAGGAAACUACUUUAGUCAAACCAGUGAAAACUUUAAAACCAAAAGUAACAACAUCUAAGACAACACCCUCGCAUGUGGUAACUAUUGAAACCCCAAUCAAAGUUACUACACCAGUGAUGAAACCUUCGAAGACUACACCUCCUGCGAAGAAGAAGACUACUGUAUUUGAAACAACAAUAUCAACAACUGAGGAACCAUUGUUGGUUAAAGAAACCACCGAGACUACUGAAAUGAUAACUAUGCAUUUGACAACUACUGAAGAAAUUACCACAGAAAGUCCAUCUACAUUUACAACCUCGACUACAACAGAAUCGACAACUGAAUCUACAUUAAUCACUACAGAAUCAGUUACGGUUACAGAAGCUGUGAAAACUAUCGAAACAAAAACUAUACCUGUGAUACCAAAAACAACGACAGCUAUUUCUACAAGUGAAGUCAUAAUAAUGACAACAAAAGAACCAACUAGCACCAUUGAAACGUCAGAAAUGACAACCGAAUCCACCAUCGUUUCGACGAAAUCAGUGUCGGUUUCGGAAACUACAGAAGCUACUGAAACAACUGAGGCAACAACAGCAAGUGCUUCACCUAGCACGGAAACAACCGAAGAAACUGUUGAAAUUCCGUCUUCUACAACCGAAUUUACAACUGAAUCCACGAUAAUAACUACAGAAUCAGUAACGAUUAAUGUAACAGGAAAGACAACCGAAAAGAUGACUACUGUGCCUGUACAACUAGAAAAAACAACGCCAAUACCUACUACUGAAAUCAUAGUACAAACUACAAAAAUAGAGACUACGACGGAGAGCACUCCAAGCACCCCACCAUUCACUACAACGGAAACAACCGAAGAAACUACUGUAACUACAUUUUCUACGACUGAAUCUACAACUACAUUCGUGACGCCAGAAAUAACUUCAAGUAUUUUUACCACCGAGAGUAGCACUCCGUCUACGACACUAUCUGUAGAAGCCGAAUAUACGGAAGAGACCGAAGCAUAUACUGUUUCCGAAUACGAGGAAGAGGAGGAGUAUGAAGAAGAAGCGACGAGAGAACCUCCCAAAUUUGUUGACUAUGAGGAAACAUCUAGUGUCUCUACAGCAGUUACCACUGAAGCCAUUACUACCUCCAGUGAAGGUUUAUCGACCACUGAGGAAGCAACAAUUACACCUAGUAGUAUAAGUAUUGAAUCACUGAGAGUUCCAGUAACUACCGAAGAGACAACUACCAUGACUACGCCAAGUAUUACACUUUCCUCCACUGAAUCUACAACAGAAUCUACAAUAGUAACUACGGAAUCAAUACCAGUCAAUGAAACCACAGAAUCUACCGAGGCAACUGCAUCGAAGACACCUCGAAGUACUUUGGCACUCCUUACUACGAAAAUAACUGAAGAAACUACGGAAACACCAUCCUAUACAACUGAAUCUACAACUGAGUCUUCAACAGAAACUACAGAAUCUUUCCCUGUCAAUAUUACUACGGAAACAACAGUUCGCACUACUGAAGUGAUGAUAGUAACUACGGAAACACCAAGUAUCAUUACUGAAACAUCAGAGUUCACAACUGAAUUAACGACAGAAACGACAGAAUCAUUCCCUGCAAAUGUUACUACGGAAGCUAUCGAAAAAACGACAGAGGCAAUCACAAGUACCACACCUUUGUCUACCACGGAAACAACCGAAGAGAGUACUGAAACUCCAUCCUAUACAACUGAAUCUACAACUGAGUCUUCAACAGAAACUACAGAAUCCUUCCCUGUUAAUGUUACUACGGAGACAACAGUUCGCCCUACUGAAGUGAUGAUAGUAACUACGGAAACACCAAGUAUCAUUACUGAAACAUCACAGUUCACAACUGAAUCAACAACAGAAACGACAAAAUCGUUCCCUGUAAAUGUUACUACGGAAGCUAUCGAAAAAACGACAGAGGCAAUCACAAGUACCACACCUUUGUCUACCACGGAAACAACCGAAGAGAUUCGCACUACUGAAGUGAUGAUAGUAACUACGGAAACACCAAGUAUCAUUACUGAAACGUCAGAGUUUACAAGCGAAUCUACCAUUGUUACUACGGAAUCGGUAUCAGCCAAUGAAACUACAGAAGCUACAGAAGAAACAUUUACAACGAAGGUAACGCCAAGUACUACACCUUUCUCAACUACGGAAACAACCGAAGAAACUACGGAAAUUGCAUCCUCCACAAUUGAAUCUACAACUGAAUUAUCGAUAGAGACUACGGAAUCAUUACCUGUAAAUGUAACUACAGAAACAACAGAAUUUACAAGUACCACUACCACUCAAAAUACGACUACCACUGAAAGUACCACGUUGUCUACAACACCAUUCACAGAAGUCGAGUAUACCGAAGAAACUGAGGUGUUCACUGGUACUGAAUACGAGGAAGAGUACAAAGAGGAGGAAUACGAAGAAGAGGAAACUGAAAAACCUCCAGAGUUUCAUGAUUACGAGGAAGAAGAAGUCAAUGUCACUACUGUGUCUAUAUUUACAACUUCUAACAGAACAACAGUCACACUGCCACUGUUAGCAACUGUGGAAAUACCAACAACUGAACCAGUCGAAUUCACAACUGAGUCUACAACCGUUACUACAGAAUCAUUUCCAGUCAACCUAACUACGGAAUCUACCGAAACAAUACUUCCAUUCUUUACCACAGAAGUGACAGAAACUACUGAAACAUCAAUUUCUACAACUGAAUCCACUGCAGUGACUAUAGAAUUGCCUCUAGUUAACGUUACCGUAGAGACCCUUGAAACAACAUCAACGAUUAUGAAGCCAGAAGUAACUUCGAGUACUCUCACGACUGAAAGUACUACACUGUCUACACCAUCGUCUAGCGAAGUAGUGUAUACCGAAGAGACCGAGGCAUACACAGCUCCAGAAUACGAGGAAGAGUACGAAGAAGAAGAAGAAUACGAAGAAUCUCCCGAAUUUCGCGAUUACGAGGAAGAAGCUAAUGUCACCGAAGCUAUUACUGUUUCUAGUGAAAGUCCGUUACCCCCUGUUAUCACACCUUUAAAGACAGUAGAACCCAUAAAUGAAACAACUGUCGCGAUUCCUGAAAUAGUUACCGAAUCGACAGAACAUACUAAAUCAAUAACAGAACUAAUUCAUGUAGAAGUCACGAUUCCCAACUUGACGACUGCGACAUUUCCUUCCAUUCUUUCUGAAAUCACUACAGUCGGGUUAUUUACUUUGACCGAAACUACAACUAAACCAACCAUCGCACCCACUACAGAGGAAGCUUACGCCGAAACGGAGGAAAUGUACGACCAAGAGUACGGCGAAGACUACAAGGAAGCGUACGAAGAAGACUACGAGGAGAGCACGGACAUUCUUGUUCCAAUUUGGCAGGAUUACAUAGAAGAAAAUUUAACGUCAACCAAAAGAAAACCUGAGACAACCACCGAAGACGUGAUCGAAGUACACGUAACCGUUACGAUUUCUAACGUGACGCUUUCAGUGUCGCCAGAAGAAACAACUUCCACUCCGGCAACGUGGUCGAAAGAAACAAUUUCCACUCCGUCGGAAGAAACAGAGACGGAGACCAUUACCAGAGAAACUUUUGAGACGGUAACCGAGUUAAAUGUUACAGAAAAAACAGAGGUUUCCGAAUACGAAACCGAAGAGGAGACCGAGACGACCCGUUGGGAAGAAGGAAUGAGCUACACAACGUCUGUGUACACCUUGGGGCCCACAUCUGAAUUCACCACGGAAUUCCUUCCAGUUGAUUAUUACGAAGAUAUGAAUUUAACCAAACAUACUCCGUACAAGUACGCGACGGGACCUUCCUUGGGUCAUCCUACAGGACCUUCCUUGGAUAUUCGUACACACUUCACACUCUCGCCUUUCUCCACGGAAUCAACCACUUAUAAAAUACCGGUAGUAACGAACAAAGAGGAACAGAAGAUUCGUCACGAAGAAAUGAAGAAGAACUUACUAAAGAAACUCGACGACUUGGAUGAAAUCGAGAGGAGGAUACGCGAGAGGGAGGAGCAAAUAGCGAGGGACGAAGAAAAAUGGGAGCACGAGAAAGAGGUACGAAAGCAACAAAUCCUCGAUGCAAAGAAGAAAGUUACAGUCAGUCAUCCGCCCAUUUCUGGAGAAGAAAUCGAAUCUUUCACGAAAGAGCCAGGUAUCACGCGUGAAUCAGGAGAUACGCGCGAUACUGUAGUCCCUGAAAUGAGCAGUUCCACGGUCGCGACGACCAAAGACAUGCUCGAGCAAGAGGUUCGAGCGUUAGAAGAGGAGUUCACCGCGAGGAAGAAGACACUGAGGGAACGAGAGGAGACUGUAACGGAAAGGGAGAGGAGGCUGCAAAGAGAAAAAGAAGAAUUCGAAAGAAAGUUGCAGGAGCUGGAGGGUCGACCGUUGAGCGAGCUAAAAAACCAGACGAUUGGCACCGAAAGUGAAAAGCCCCGGGUGACACAAACGACGCCAUCAGUCUCGCAACUACCUCCCACGGAAAGAACGACGAUAGACAUUCGUGAACCAACAGCUGCCAAAGAAAUUGGAAAAGAAGAAAAGGGGGAUCGUCCGAGUCGGUAUACACAGCCGCAAGCUCUGACGGACCAAGUAUCUACCAAGAGGGUCUGUUUGAAUGUCUUGAAAAACGAAUCUCUGCGAAAACACUUAGGGAAUGUGGCGACGGAAAGAGUUUGCUUGCCGUAUGUUCCCAGCAAGCAGGACUCGUCAGGAACAAAAGACACAAAAAAGAUUAAAAUUGCCAGUUUGCAGCUUUCGGGCCACGAAUGGACGGAAGGCGCAUUCACGAUAAGAUAUGGCAGCACCUACGAAGAACCAGACACGGAAUCUCCAGUCGAUGAGGUUGACAGGAGGAGAUCGCCGUUUGGUGAUGAAAAGGUUCGAACCAAACGUGGCAGCGUUCAUCAGCUUCGCAGACGUGGAUGGAAUGACGGAGCAGUGAAUUCUGAACUUCGUUUGGCUGUAACAAAGGCUGAUGGACUCGCUGGCUUAAGGGAAGAUAGAGGUGUCGAUGGAGUAUCGUUAUUGGACACCGAAGGCGUCGAUGAGGAGAGAAUUAUUAGAGAAGAUGACGAAACGGACGAAUGUAAUUACAAAGAAGACGUCGAACAUGAUUCGAGGGAGGAAGGAACCGUUCUGCCAUGGCCAAUGAAAACUACUCCGUCGAUCGACCGCAAUUUACCAAUCAGUGGAACAGCGGGAAAAAUAUCUCUAAUAGAGACUGAACUUUCUCCAAAAGAAACCGAACUUUCUCCAAUCGAGGAGUUUCAUACAUUGAACGCAUUGAGUUCGGUCUACAACGAGAACGGGAAAUCGCGUCUGGUGGAAGAGAUUACGUCAAGCGAGGAUAAUUCGUUAAUGAACGCUUCAUCUGACGUUAAUGAAAUCGAAUUAGUUCCUAUGCUCGAUGACGACGAAACGCACAAAGGUUUAAGCGGCUCGAAUUACAGGGUGCGGAGCGUGAACGAGGAGGAUGCAAACGGUGAUUCGCGAAUCAGAGUCAUUAGGAUGAAAGAUGAAGGUAAGAAGAGACAAACUCCUGGACCAGAAUGGCCAACCGAGCCAAUUACGCGGUACCACUUAGGUGGUACUAGAUCUUGGACCCUGAUGUUUCCCGAAGCUGAGUUUCCAGAGGAAUUCGAGUCAAAUAACAGGGAGUCCUCCAACGUCGAGGGUGCAAGCGACGAUGAAGAGUCAUUCGAGCGAACAACGUGUUAUUAUGUUAUUGCUCCCAACGAAGAAAUUGGAGCUGAGAAUUCUGAAGGAGAUUAUAACACGGAAACGUUCCACGACGAACUGGAUUAAUCGAUAAAGUAGCAUAGUUUAAACGUAGUUAAUACAAGGAGGACCCGUGCAACUUUUAUGUUAAAAAUUUUAACGUAACCAGGUAGACAUAUUCUUUUCCCUUUUUUUUUAAAUAUCUUUAUAUGAAAAGUAUUUACAAAAUUUACGAAUACAAAUGAAGUGUAAUAUGACACAAGCAAACAGCAGUGAGAUAUGACAUGUAAUGUUGUAAAAAUUGUAUAUAUGUAUAUAU